AAGUGGUUCGGCUCCUAGUCAAGGACUCAAGAGUACGAGUUUGAAUAUGAUUCCAAAGCUAUUGAGAUAGAGCAACGAUUGUUACGAUUCAACUACGACUCUGCUGAUCUUUCUGUAGGACUUUAUUUUCGAAUGGAGCCUUAUUGAUCGGCACGUACGUUCGCCUCUAUAAAUACAUACAAACCAAUCCUUUUAGACUCAUCAGUACUCUCUCUAAAUCUUCUGCACUUCUUUUUUGUUUUCUGCGUUAAUUAUUAUCGCUCUCGUGUGUUGUUCUUCCUCUUCAUCUUUCUGGUACUUCGUAGUAGCUAGUGUUGUUUGCAAUGGCUGGAGGUGGGUUCGAUCGGCGAAAUAUUGGUAGUACUUUUAGGGACUAUCCCGGAAAAAUCACUCUCUAUCAUAUUCGGGUAACUUGCCUUGUCGUCGCCUUGGGCUGCUGGUUUUUUGAAUACGACCCAAUUGGCAUCUCAGAUGCUGUGGCUUCAUUGCCUCUCUUCUUGAAAACGCACGUUCCACCAUUCGCUCUAACGGAUGACUCGGCUCUGUUUAUUUUUCGUCUAUUCCUGGCGAUGCGUGAGCUUCUGGGAUUUUCCGGUAUAUUGUGGGUGGCCAAUAAGCUGGGAGGGGAAAUACUGUGUAACGCGCUCAUAGGGAAUUUUGUCUACGCGGCUGCAUCUAUUUUAAAUUUUGCUGUCGCUAAUUCCAAUGUGUUUAUGCGUCUCAUCGGUCGGAUGUGUUGGGCUAUUGGCAUGGGCGUAAUGAUACACACACAUAUUUACUUACCAUUCGCAAGCGACCGCCCUCUUUCUAGUCGAUAUACAAUGUAAAAGUUUUAGAUUUUAAAUAUUUUUAUUUUUUUAUGAAAUAAUGCUAUUAUAUUGGUUGGUUCAUGUAAAAUGAGUUAUACGAUAAUUAUAUGAAUCUCAAGAUCAAUUA